CAAUGAGAAGCCCGCGCACCGCAACGAAGAGUAGCCCCCGCUCGCCGCAACUAGAGAAAGCCCGUGUGCAGCAACAAAGACCCAACGCAGCCAUAAAUAAAUAAAUAAAAUAAAGGUUAGCAUGGAUUCUUUAAAAAGAAAAAAAAGAAAACCUGGGGAGAAGAGUGCAGAGAGGGAUAUAAAAAGAUUAACAAAACUUAAAGCAAAAUGUUGGGGACAAGAAUAACACCGAAAGGAGAGUAAACAGAAAGAGCAACCUAAAUGCCAGUGGGAAGAGGUCAGCUGAGUGAACUGGAGGCGUCCACUCACUGGGCGGCUGCCCCCUCGAUGCCCACCGCACACGACUGAGAGGAAAGGGAGGUUCCCACGCCGAGGCAGCAUCACAGUCUGUCUUUGUUUAAAAUAAAUACACGUUGACAUGGCUACACACACGCAUCUACAGGUUCUGAGGGACCAUUCAGCAAAGUGUUAAACAGUGGUUAUCUCCGGGUGGUACAACUGUGGAUCGUUUUUCAUUUGUAUCUCUAAUAUUUCUACCAUUAACUUGUGUCACUUAGACUUUUUUAAGACUUUAUAUUUUAGAGCAGUUGUAGGUUCACAGCAAAAUUGAGAGGAAGGUAGAGAGAGUUCCCAUACACCCCCGUCCCUGUCCCCACACACACACAGCCUCCCCGCACUGUCAACAUCCCCACCAGAGUGGUCCAUUCAUCACACCUGAUGAAUCUACAUUGACACGCCAUCAUCACCCGCAGUCAACAGUCUACACUGGGGCUCAUUCUCGGUGUUGCACAUUCUGUGGAUCUGGACAAACCUAUAAGGAUGUGUAUCCACCAGCGUAGUAUCACACAGAGUAUUUUCACUGCCCUAAAAAUCCCCUGUGCUCCACCCAUUCACCUCUCCCUGCCCCUAAUCCCUGGCAUCCACUGAUCUUUUUAUUCUCUCCAGAGUUCUGCCUUUUCCAGAAUGUCACAGGGCUGGAAGCAUACAGUCUACAGCCUUUUCGGAUUGGCUUCUUUUGCACGGUAAUAUGCCUUUAAGGCUCCUCCACGUCUUUUCACGGCUUCAUAGCGCAUUUCUCUUUAGUGCUGAAUAGUAGUAUUCCAUUGUCUGGGCAUGCCACAGCUUAUUCACUCACCUAUUUAAGAUAUCUCGAUGCUUCCAAACUUUGGCAAGAUUGCUUUCUUAAGUAAUGGGAGUUAAGUGGGUAACUAAGAUGAAGCCAUGGUAUGGAGAUCCUCAGAGCUGGGCCAAGUUGAGACGUCACACAGUGGGGAGCUACUGAAGAUUCUUGAGCAGAGCCGCAAUGGGACAAGAGCCGGGUUUGGGGAGGACCCAUUCACUGCAGAAUUGGGGUGUGGUGGGAUCGGAGGCAAGAGCUCAGCCAGAAGGCGCUGAAACAGCCCCGAAGGAAGGUGGGGAGGGGAGUUUGAGGAUGAUGCAAAAAGGCCGGCGAGGGGAGGGGGAGUGGGGCCUUAAAAUCUUUUAGGACAUUUUGUAGGAAAGAAAUAAUAGAGCACAGUGAGUUUCAGGUGGCUGGGUGAGUCCCAGGAGGAGGGAGUGGGCAGGAAGUUGAUGCUCAGCCUGGGAAACCAGGAGGGGAGGCUUUAAGUCAGUCGGGGUUAACCUCAAGGGCUCCCAGCGUGUGCUAAGACGAUGCCCAGGGAAAGCCAGGCGCAGUUAGAGCAUCUCUGGGGACGCAGAGAGGCCACUGGGUAAGAGCGCUGUCCAGAAUGCAUUGCACCCUCAGCUCUGACGCCUCCCUCUGGCCUUACCGCACAGUCCUACAAGGUGGGAAUUACGAUUCUCCCUAUUCUGCAGAUGGGGACAGUGACUCUCAGAGAGGUCAGGUGACUUGUCCUGGAUCAGAAACAGUGCAGGAUGUGACUACAAUUUGAACUCGCAUCUCCUGUGGGCAAAUCCCACUUUGCUCUCCAAUAAGCUGCUCCCACAGAGAUGCUUCCAUCCGUGGGGCUGAGGAGCAGAGAGAGGCGGGCAAAGGAUCCCGUAUGCGAGGAGAGGGUUGUGGGUGGCAGGCACAGAUUGCACCUUCUGGGGAUCUGGACGCCAGGCAUGGCGGUGAGUGGACACAGGACGCAGCAGGUGGUCUCAUAGAAGCGUGUGAGAACACGAACAGGCGUCGGGUUCCCUGGUCCUGUGAGGAGGUGCUUCACACACACUGCUCUUUCCUUCCUCACCAGAGCCUGGCACUCAGGAUUGCUAUCCUUCCUCCCUCUUAUAAUGGAAGAGUCAGAGGUCCCAAGUGGCACACAAGUCCCAAGAUGUAGUAAGGCAAGAGGUCGAGGGCACAGGCUUCAGGGUCAGUCGGACUAGCUUUGAGCCUGGCUCUGUAACUUCGCAGCCUCGGGUUCCCCAUCUGUAAGAUGGGGACAGCAUUGACAACCUCACAGGCACCCGUUACGCGCUAAAGCGUGCUCGCUGUUACUAUGACUACUGCUCUUAUUACAUCAUCACAACUAGCACCUGCACAGAAAUGAUGGCUCAUAUUGAUCAAGCAUUUUCCAGAUGUCAGAUACUGUGUUACAAAGUUUUCAUAACUCUGAGACCAGUUUUUUUUUUUGUUUUUUUUUUGCGGUACGCGGGCCUCUCACUGUUGUGGCCUCUCCCGUUGCGGAGCACAGGCUCCGGACGCGCAGGCUCAGCGGCCAUGGCUCACGGGCCCAGCCGCUCCGCGGCAUGUGGGAUCUUCCCGGACCGGGGCACGAACCCGUGUCCCCUGCAUCGGCAGGUGGACUCUCAACCACUGCGCCACCAGGGAAGCCCUGAGACCAGUUUUUUUUUGAACUCCAGUUCAAGCGCCCUUUCCACGACAUUAUACCAUUUCAUUGGAAGAAACAGUCUGUGGAGAGGAAGAAACUGAAGAUGCUCAAAUAUAAGGCUCUGGCCCCUUGGCCACCGCAGCUCUUGUCCCCGCCGGCACUCUCCGCCGCGCCGCCCGGCAGCCGCACUAUGUAGCACGGUGGCGGGAAGUGGCAGCUUCACCGCCGCCACGAUGCCCGAGAGGAAGCCUGGCUCCACCGAGGGGGCGGCGAAGGACGAGCCCAAGAGGAUAUCGGCGAGGUUGUUAGCUAAACCGGCUCCUGCAAAAGUGGAAACGCAGCCCCAAAAGCCGGCAGGAAAGAAUGAAUCUUCAGACAAAAAAGUGCAAACACAAGGGAAAAGGCGGGCAAAGGAGAAACAGGCUGAAGCCGCUAACCAAGAGACUAAAGAAGAUGUACCUGCAGAGAAUGGAGAAACCGAAAACGGGGGCAGCCCAGCCUUCGAUGAAGCAGGAGAGAAAGAAGCCAAGUCACAUUAA